AUGUUUUGUGAAUGUGGCACAUUCAUCAUCAUUACACCAGGUGAAUUGAUCAAUAACUGUCGAAGAUGUAGAAAAGUUAUCACAGAAGAGAAAAUAGCCAGUUUCAGCUACAAGGAAGAGAGACAGCUACUGAAAGAUGAUGUGGAGAAGGAGGAGAGAGUGGAGAAGGCACGUAGAACUCGUAUCUGUCCGAAAUGCGGCAACAACGAGAUGUUCUUUCACACUCUUCAAACCAGAUCAGCUGAUGAGGGCCAAACUGUCUUCUACGAGUGUACGGCAUGUGGGACCAAAGAGAGACUCAAUUCGUGA